AUGUUUAUUAAACAAGCCAUUCGAUUGUUUCACACCGCCAGACCGGUCUUUGCUGCUGCUGAAAAGAGUUCCUUAGCAACGCUACGCAAAAAGACUGGCUACACAUUUGCCAAUUGCAAAAAAGCUCUUGAAAUGCACAACAAUGAUUUGGCUAAGGCAGAGAAAUGGCUACAUGAACAAGCCCAGAGUAUGGGCUGGUCCAAGGCCACCAAGCUCGAAGGUCGAGCUACUGCUCAAGGUCUUGUCGGUGUCCUAAUCAAGGGCAACAUUGGGGCAAUGGUGGAGGUGAAUUGUGAAACAGAUUUCGUUGCCCGCAAUGAGCACUUUAAAAAAUUCGUUGAUCAUGCUUCUAGAGUGUGUGCCAAAUACACUGAAAUGACCGAAUUCGAUGGUGAUUUAUGGAAGUUGGGUUUCGAAGCGGAUGCUUUGAAAAAUCUAAAAGCCGAAGAUGGCAAAAGCCUAGGUGACCAUUUGGCUUUGCUCAUCGGCACAGUCGGAGAGAAUGCCUCAAUUCGGAGGGCAAUAUGUUUCAAAACAAACAACUAUUUGAAAUUAUCCGGGUACACACAUCCAACGUGCACGACAAUUGCUCCAUCCGAUGAGACACAAGUUGGAAAGUAUGGUACUAUUGUUGCAUUUAGGGGCAAUUCAAUGAGUGAUGAAUUGCAAAAGAAUUUGUGCCAGCACAUAGUCGGAAUGAAUCCAAAGAAAAUUGGAGAAGAGAACAAAGACAAACCGGUGGAGAAUAAAGAUGACGAAACUUGUCUGAUUUUCCAAGAGUAUUUAGUUGAUUCGGAUAAAAUUGUUGGUGAUGUGCUGAAGGAAAACGAUGUACAGAUUAUAGAUUAUCAAAGAUUUGAGUGCGGUGAAGAGGCGAAGAGUCAAUUUGCCGAAGAGGCAAAAAUGGCAAAUUAAUUGAAUUGGAAUGUUGUUGAAAUAAAAUUAAUGUUAAUAUUAGAA